AUGGAUAAAUUUGACCUGAUUGAGCUCAUUGGGGAAGGCACCUUUGGGAAGGUGUACUUGGCUAAAGAUAAAUCAGAAAGCCGGCACUGUGUCAUAAAAGAGAUCAGCUUGACAAAGGAAAAAGAGGCUUCAAAGAACGAAGUGAUUCUUCUGGCUAAGAUGAAGCAUCCCAAUAUUGUAACCUUCUUCAGCUCAUUUCAAGAGAACAGCAGGCUGUUUAUUGUAAUGGAAUACUGUGACGGAGGGGAUCUCAUGCAAAGGAUCCAGAGGCAGCAGGGAGUGUUAUUCAGUGAAGACCAGAUUCUGUGUUGGUUUGUACAGAUUUCUCUAGGACUGAAGCAUAUUCACGGCAGGAAGAUAUUACACAGGGACAUAAAAUCUCAGAAUAUUUUUCUUUGCAAGAAUGGAAUGGUUGCAAAGCUUGGGGACUUUGGAACAGCAAGAACACUGAAUAACUCUAUGGAACUGGCUCAAACAUGUGCUGGGACACCUUACUACCUGUCCCCAGAGAUCUGUCAGAACAGGCCAUACAACAAUAAAACGGACAUCUGGUCUCUUGGCUGUGUCCUCUAUGAGCUGUGCACACUUAAGCAUCCUUUUGAGAGUGACAACUUACACCAUCUGGUUCUGAAGAUUUGUCAAGGACGUGUCGCUCGCAUAUCACCCCACUUCUCUCUUGACCUACAGUCCUUGGUACCUCAGCUCUUUAGAGUGUCUCCUCAGGAUCGGCCAUCUAUUAAUUCCCUUUUGAAAAGGCCCUUUUUAGAAACUUUUAUUGCCCGAUACUUGUCUCCUGAGGUCCAUUCAAGAAGAAUUCAGUCCCAUGCUCACACGGAGAACGUGGCUGUCGGCCACACAGCUUGUUGGAGAGGUAGUCCGUGGUCUGCUGCAUACCUUCAGAGGAAGUCUGAAGCUCAGCAAUAUAAGUUAAACGUGGAAAGACAGUUGGGUCUUCGUCCAUCUUCUGUGGAGUCACAUCUAAAUGAAAGAGUAAAGCUACAAAGCCACCAGGAGGAGACUGCGUUCCAGGAGCUUCGGUAUAGGAAGAACAAAAUGAAGGACCAGGAGUAUUGGAAACAGCUAGAGGCAAUCCGCCAACAGUACCACAGUGACAUGAAGGAAAUCAAAAAGAAACUGGGGAGAGAGCUGAAGAGAGCGAUAAAGUUUGAAAUCAGCCUAGAUAAAUGUAUUUUGGAGGAAGACAUCGUCCAAGAGAAUGAGGCAGUGGAUAAACUAAAUGACACUUUAAGCUUUGAAGAUGGCACGAAGUUUCAGGAGUAUAAAUGUAUGGGGGAACAUGAAGAUUAUACAGACAGGGCCUUUGAAGAACUCUGUGGCCCAGAAGCAGAGGGUUUCUUUCAGGAUAUCAUUGCCACAGAGAACAGGAGACAGUGGGAUGCCAGAGCACCUCAGACUCUGCUGCAGAUAAUGGCAACAGCAGACGUCACUUCCACCUGCCCCACCAUGCCGGAUGAUGGCCAAGUUAUUGUGAUGGAAGGUAGUCCAGAAAACGGGAAGCAGUGGUGGUGGGAUGUGCCAGGGACUCCGAGUGCUUUGGCAGCAGAUCGUGCCUGCAGUGGCUCAUUGUCUGCCGGUAAAGGAGAAACUGUAAUCAUCAAACCAGAGCUUCCUAAAGAAGACCGGGAAGAGGUAGAAGGAGCCAUGGGCAUUAUGGUGGAUGAUGAACAGCUGGAGCCAGGAUUGGAUGAAGAUGACGUAACAUUUGAAGAAUCUGAAGAUGGGCUGAGAAGUGAAAUAAUAGAAUCUCUAGAAAAACUUGCAGCUUCCACAGAAGAAAGGGAACAGGUUACCAGUUCCUCCAAGAAUGCUGAGAAGCCAGGAGAGACAGAAAAGACAAACUUGCCAGUCUAG